UAAAUUGUGAUUAAGAUUUCUCUCGCUGUUGGCAAUGCAGUUACUUAUUUUUGUUUUUAGUUUAUCGUCAUAAGGAGUAUUCCUUAAUAUUGAAAUUCAAUUGCUUUGUCAAAAUUCUAAAAUAUUAAAAGAGAACCGGCAUCAUGGGAAACGUAUUUGCCAAUCUGUUUAAAGGCCUUUUCGGUAAGAAGGAGAUGAGAAUUUUGAUGGUCGGCCUCGACGCUGCCGGGAAAACUACCAUACUCUAUAAAUUAAAGCUAGGAGAAAUUGUUACUACUAUUCCAACUAUAGGUUUUAAUGUUGAAACUGUAGAGUACAAGAAUAUCAGCUUCACUGUGUGGGAUGUUGGAGGCCAGGACAAAAUUAGGCCAUUAUGGAGACAUUAUUUUCAGAAUACCCAAGGUCUCAUUUUUGUGGUUGAUAGCAAUGACCGUGAAAGAGUCGGGGAAGCUAGAGAGGAACUUAUGCGAAUGCUUGCAGAAGAUGAACUUAGAGAUGCCGUUUUACUUAUUUUUGCCAACAAACAGGAUCUUCCAAAUGCAAUGAAUGCAGCCGAGAUCACGGAUAAGCUGGGCCUUCACUCUCUUCGAAAUCGCAAUUGGUACAUCCAGGCUACAUGUGCCACUUCUGGUGAUGGACUUUAUGAAGGCCUGGACUGGCUCUCCAAUCAGCUGCGAAAUCAGAAGUAAUUUGGGCAGCCAUCAAUCAUGGUACAUCAGGCAUGAAGUCUGUUCAUUCUGUGGAACUAAAAAAUAUGCAAAACCCUCAUUUUGUGUAUUUUUUGGGAGGGUCGGGGGUUUCAUUUUCCAACUGUUCCUUUUGA